UUUGAGAUGGACAGGACUGCACUAAACCUGCUGGGUUUCUGUCAACCAGACGUGAUGUAUGGCGUGAUGAGCCAGCACUCUAACAUUGAGCGAGGGCUGUCUUCGCGAUUCUUAUUGGCUAUACCUAAGCCAGUAUUGGGAACGUACCAAUCUCUGAAGCUCAAGGCCGGGCAGGAUGGGCGGAAGGAAGUGUAUGAGGAGUUUAGGAUGCUCCUUGUUGAUGCAUUGUUUGCUGUCAUCAAGCACAAACGGGAUAAUGAGAAGACAGCGGAUAGCGCGGAGGGCGAUGUAACGAUGUUUGAGGUGGAAGAAGGCCUAGAGUCUGCCCUGGAGAGAACAUAUGACACCUUCCAAGAGAAUAUCAGGAAGAUGAUGCUCGAGGACAACUUGAUGUGUUGUGAGUACAGCUCUUUGAUACACGUGUAAAAGUACAUUUGAGAAGAAUGCAUCAGAAUUAGUGAAAUGAUCACAUAUUUUGAUCAAUGCAAAAUUCUUUUGU